GGUCGUAGUUCUUGUUUCUCUUUAAAUAUUUUUGGGGAUUUCUAGGUUUGUUUUUUGAGGUUCUGAAGACCGUCACCGAUGAACGGAGCUCGUAGUCUUUGGAAUCAAUUUAUGAACUGUUUUUCGUAAUUUCUGCAGUGUUUGAGCUUUAGUGCUUGCUUGAUCAUGUAAAUAUUAGUCAGAUUUGAUAAUGAUCAGCUAGAGGCAUGGGCGACUAUACUUCUGAAGCUAAUCAUCUACUCAAGGAAUUCUACAUUCCAAAUUACUUAUUAGAACACGAUUCUGAAGUCGAACAACCUUUGCACAUACCAAUAUGUCCUGUUAUUGUCUUCAUAAAUUCAAGGAGCGGUGGUCAGCUUGGCAGCGAUCUAAUUAUAACAUAUCGGAUGCUGCUUAACAAAAAUCAGGUUUUUGACUUAGGAGAGGAAGCUCCUGACAAAGUACUUCACAGAGUUUAUGGCAAUUUGGAAAGGCUCAAAUUUAAUGGUCACACCAAUGCUGCUGAAAUCCAGAAUAGGUUGAGAUUGAUUGUUGCAGGUGGUGAUGGUACAGCAAGCUGGCUACUUGGAGUUGUUUCUGACCUUAAACUAGCUAAUCCGCCUCCUAUUGCCACAGUUCCACUUGGAACUGGAAACAAUCUUCCAUUCUCUUUUGGUUGGGGAAAGAAGAACCCUGGUACAGACCGUCAUGCUGUGCACUUAUUUCUUGAUCAAGUGAUGACAGCAAAAGAAAUGAAGAUUGAUAGCUGGCACGUUGUCAUGAGGAUGCCUACUCCAAAAAGUGGUUCUUGUGAUCCUAUUCCUUUGGACUUGCCUCAAUCCUUGCAUUCAUUUCAGAGGGUUGCAGAAACAGAUUUACUUAACACGGAAGGUUAUCAGACAUUUCGAGGUGGAUUUUGGAACUAUUUCAGUAUGGGGAUGGAUGCACAAGUAUCAUAUGCAUUCCACUCUGAGCGGAAGAUGCAUCCAGAGAAGUUCAAGAACCAGUUAGCUAAUCAGGCCACGUAUGCUAAGCUUGGAUGCACUCAAGGAUGGUUCUUUUCAUCUCUAGUUCAUCCUCAUUCAAGGAACAUUGCUCAGCUUGCAGAGGUAAAAGUGAUGAGGAGAUCUGGCCAUUGGGAAAAAUUACACAUAUCUAGCAGCAUUAGGUCCAUAAUUUGUCUCAACUUACCUAGCUUUUCUGGAGGUUUGAAUCCAUGGGGAACUCCUAACAAGAGAAAGAAACAAGAUAGGAAUCUAACAGCACCUUACGUGGACGAUGGACUUUUUGAAAUUGUGGGUUUUAGAAAUGCAUGGCAUGGUCUUGUUCUGCUCGCUCCGAAAGGACAUGGGACUCGUUUAGCACAGACAAACCGGGUUCGUUUCAAGUUUCACAAGUCUGUUGUUGAUCAUACAUACAUGAGAAUGGAUGGUGAACCAUGGAAGCAGCCUCUAUCUGAAGAUGGAGAUAAGGUAAUUGUGGAGAUUUCUCACCUUGGUCAGGUCAAAAUGCUUGCCACACAAAACUGCAAUGCCAAAAGCAUCCAUGAUCCUACCACACAUUUGUCCACUAGUAGCUAUGAUGAUGAUGAAGAAGAAGUUGAAUCUAGCAGUGAUGAAUCUAGCAGUGAUGAAUCAGAUGAGGACCCCGAGGAGCGCCGAAAGUUUGGUGCGGCGAACACAUUCAAACUCCUAGAGGAUCUGGAAGCGGUUCAUUUCAGUUGAACUAGGGCUUAUAUUACGAGCUGAGGAGAUGAUUUUGACUAGCACCAGUAAUGCAACAUCGCCCAAAAGCCGUGGAUGAAAAUUUUUGGGUGGGUUUAUUUUUGGUUCAAUGUAAGGGCUGUUUGGUAGCACCCAGGAUUUGAUUUAAGUAGGAUUUCAUAAAUCAUCUAAAUCCGGAUUUCGGAAAUCCUGAAAAUUGUUGGGUAACAUUUAUGAUAAAUCAUAUUAAAUACUGUAUAGCUGUUUGGCUUUAGAGCGGAUUUAACGAGCGGACUCUUCCUCUCGGUAAAUCCGACAAAAAAACAUGAUUUCAGAAAUCCAGGAUUUAGAACGAAAAGGCAGAAUUUUCCGUCUACAGCGGCUUUCAUUUGCUGUGGGAUUUGGUUUUGCAUUUUAGGCCGUUUGGAUGAAUUUCGCUCAAAUUCGCCUUGAAUCCUGCCUAUAUCCUGCUACCCCCUAAAGGUUUUGUUUACAUAAAAAUAAUGUCUAGUGAGAAGUUGUGUCAUUGGAUUUGCUUGACCAGUAAGAUUAUUUGCUCAAAGAAUAUGCAAGUCUUUAUUUAGUGUCAGACUUUCAAGGUUGCAGAGAGAUGUACUAAUAGAAAGAACUAGUAUUGUAAGUAAAUUUCCCUAUACAAUAUUUUCAUAAAAAA